AUGGGAGGCGAUCUCGCGCUGGAAGGUGCCGACCCCACAUCUCUCUUGACCAUCUCGGUUGAGCGGACUCGUCAACCCCGACGUUCCAGGAGGCGUAGCCUGAAUCGGUGGUUGGUGGAAGAGCUGACUACUCAAGGCAAGGAGCUUGAGGACUUGAAGAACCAGUUCCUCGAUUUACUCGCUGAGUUCCAGCAGGUCAAUGCCAGCGGCCUAAAGGAAGAGGUCGAGGGCUUGAGGACGACGGUGAGAGAGCAAGAAGCAGAGAUCCGAGCCUUGAAGAGCACGGUGGCGGAAUUGCAGACCAACGUCACGGAGUUGCACCUAGAGCAAGGCGCAGAGAUCCGAUCCCUGAAUAGCACGGUGGAAGAAUUGCGAACCAACAUCACGGAGUUGCACAUAGAGCAAGGCGCAGAGAUCCGAGCCGUGAAUAGCACGGUGGAAGAGUUGCGAAGCAACGUCACGGAGUUGCACGUGGAGCAAGGCGCAGAGAUCCGAGCCGUGAAUAGCACGGUGGAAGAGUUGCGAAGCAACGUCACGGAGUUGCACGUGGAGCAAGGCGCAGAGAUCCGAGCCGUGAAUAGCACGGUGGAAGAGUUGCGAAGCAACGUCACGGAGUUGCACGUGGAGCAAGGCGCAGAGAUCCGAGCCGUGAAUAGCACGGUGGAGGAAUUGCAAACCAACAUCACGGAGUUGCACCUAGAGCAAGGCGCAGAGAUCCGAUCCCUGAAUAGCACGGUGGAAGAAUUGCGAAGCAACAUCACGGAGUUGCACAUAGAGCAAGGCGCAGAGAUCCGAGCCUUGAAUAGCACGGUGGAGGAAUUGCAAGCCAACAUCACGGAAGAGAUCCGAGCCUUGAAUAGCACGGUGGAAGAAUUGCGAAGCAACAUCACGGAGUUGCACAUUGAGCAAGGCGCAGAGAUCCGAGCCCUGAAUAGCACGGUGGAAGAAUUGCGGACCAACAUGACAGAGUUGCAAACAGAGCAAGGCGCAGAGAUCCGAGCCUUGAAUAGCACGGUGGAAGAAUUGCGAACCAACAUCACAGAGUUGCAAGCAGAGCAAGGCGCAGAGAUCCGAGCCCUGAACAGCACAGCGCAAGACUUGCGAGCCAACAUCACGGAGUUGCAAGGAAGGCCCAAUCCCUUCACGCAAAACGCGAGCGAGCACACCUUGGUCCUGCGUGAUUGGAACUUGGAGAUUUCGUCGACCCUUCCGGGGCGAGGCAACCUGGUGAUAGGCACCGGCCAUCUCUACGGAACGGCCAUGAACUCCUUCUUGGCUGGGAGAGGCAACCGGGCAGUUAAGACUGGCGAGCUCGGGGCUGUGGUGUUUGGGGAGGGCAACACGGCAGAGGGGCCCGGGGCUGAGGUGCUCGGCGGAACGAGAAACCUCGCCAACGGCUCGGCUCCAGUUGUGCUCAGUGGCAGUCAGAAUACCGCCACCGGUCCCCAAUCCGCCAUCAUUGCCGGCGUCAGCAAUGAAGUCACAGCACACCAAGCCGUGGUCGUUGCCGGUACCAACAACGACUGCUUUGGCCCCCAGAGCGUAGUCGUCUCUGGAGAUGAAAACCGUCUCCACGCAAACGCAGGGCAGUCUGCAAUCCUCGCGGGCGUCAUCAACCAGGCCUGGGGCUCCCGUUCCGCGAUCGUGGGGGGCGCAGGAUGCAGCACCGGCGAGGAAAAUUCCGGCUUUGCCGGAGAAUUGGCUGUUGUUGUCGGGGGAGAGAUUUCCAGGGCAACUGGGUAUGAGGCCAUCGCUGUCGGAGGAGCCAGUAGUAAGGCCGUGGGCAGGCAGUCGAUCGCUGUCGGUGGUGCUAGCAACCAGGCAACCGGAACUCAGGCGGUGACUUUGGGAGGAGCGAUCAACGUGGCCCAAGGCCUGGAGGCCGUGGUGGUGGGUGGCAUCCGCAACAAUGCUGCCUCGGGGGACCUGUCGGUCAUAUUGGGCGGUGAGCGCAACCAAGCCACAGGAGGGAAGGCCGUGACGCUGGGCCGGUCGUUUCAGGACACCUCAGGCACACUGGGCCUCGGGCCCCUGGCCUGA